AUAAAAGCGUUGCUCACUCGACAGUUGGAUAUCACAGUUCAGUCUGCCCUCCAGCUAAUCACAGCCAGCCAACCAUCCUUAAUCCAAGCAAAAUGUUCGCCAAGAUUGUGCUCGUUGCCCUCUGCGUGGCCUCUGCUCAGGCUGGUCUCCUGCCCUUCCAUGCUCCUGCUCCUCUAGCUGCUCCUCUGGGAACCCCCUUCGCUGCUCCUCUGGCUGCUCCUCUGGCUGCUCCUGUGGCUGCUCCUGUGGCCACUGCUGGAGUGGUGGCUCCCUAUGCCUCCAGCUUCAAUGCCCACCGCAUCAACCAUGCUGUGGCCUAUCCAGUGGCUCCUGCUCCCGCUCCAGUUGCCUUUGCCGCUCCCGUUCCCGCUCCUCUGCCCGUUCCCGUGGCUGCUCCUGCUCCAGUGGCCUUUGCUGCUCCUGCUCCUGCUCCCGCUCCUGUGGCCUUUGCUGGCCCCCUUCCCGUUCCCGCUCCUCUGCCAGUGGCUGCUCCUGCUCCUGUGGCCUUUGCCGCCCCCGCCAAGGUUGGAUUCGGUCUGCCCGCCUACGCCGCUGCCCCCGCUCCUCUCGGAUUCGCCCCUGCUCCGGCGCCAGUGGCCUUCGCCGCCCCCGCCAAGUUUGGAUUCGGACCCUUUGCUGCCCCCCUGGCUGCUCCGGUGCCAGCGCCUCUGGCUGUGGCCCCCAAGUUCGCCCCCGCCCCCUACUUCUUCUAAGGAUCUAAGGCUCACCGGAUCACCCAGCUCACUCCCAUCCGUCCUAUUAGCUUGUAGAACUUAGCCCAAAUCUUCAUACCUAGAGAGCAGCAAUGCUUGGCGAAUAAAAAAUUAAAUCAUUAAUCAAUAUUA